AGCAGUGUUCUGAUCUAUGUCAUGCGUCGAGAACUCCGAGCCUCGGACCAGCCCAUCUUCCAUCACCUUGCGAGCACGAGCAGCCACGGAUUCUCCCAUCUCCUUCCCGUAUACGUUUUCCACGCUAAGCAAAUCGACAUAUCAGGAUUCGUCUCCCAAGGGAGCAUGAAUCCGUACCCACCCGCGAGAAGCCGGCUCGGGAACUAUCCAAGAUGCGGUCCGCACCGGGCAAGGUUUCUAGGCGAGUCCGUCGUGGAGCUCCAGCAAUCUCUCGAGUCCCUUGGCUCCGGCCUGGUCAUACGCGUGGGUAUGAUUGACGACGUUGUCCGGAGCUUAGCAGAAGGCUUGACGACGAACGGGUACAAAGUGGCGGCGAUCUGGAUGACGAGUCACGAGGGCACCGAGGAGAAACAUGAUGAAAAGACGGUGGCCGACCUGUGCGGUGAUCUGGGCGCUGGGUUCAGGCUGUGGGAGGACGAGAAGUACUUGAUUGACGACCGGGAUGUCGGCCUGGAGGACAUACAAGCACUGCCCGACAUCUUCACAACAUACUACAAGUCUAAGGCUCCUCUCCGCGAAAAUCCGAGGGCGGUCUUACCGACGCCGGUCAAGGGGUCUUUGCCGCCGAUGCCGGAUGCCGUUCCAGCUCAGACCGCACCGUUCACGAUCCCCGCCAGCGGCGAAGAACUGAUAGCGAGGUUGGUUGAGCCGGUUAAACAGUUCCUGCCGCCUAUUCCCACUUGCAGCUUCCCAGAGAAUGUUGAGUCGGCUCAUCCCUUUCGAGGUGGCGAAGCGGCGGCGCAGGCGCGAAUAAAACAGUUUCUUCGUUCGGGUUUCCUCGCAAACUACAAGAAUGCGCGCCGUGGACUCGCCAAAGACGAGUCCAGCACCAAGUUGUCGGCGUACCUAGCCCAGGGGUGCAUAACUGCCAGGCAGGUCCAUCGAUUCCUUGUCGGGUAUGAGAACGGCACCGAGGUCACUCUUCAGGAUGUCGAUGGAUAUGGCCGGGGCGAGCAUGAAGGCACCGAAGCCCUUCGAGCGGGGCUUUUAUGGCGAGACUAUAUGCGGCUGUGCCAUCAGAAGUUCAAGAGCAAAUUCUUUUGCGUCGAAGGAUUUAGGGGAGACGGACACGGCGAUGGAGACGGUGAGGCAGGGGAGCAAAAAAAGAUGAAGUGGAAAUCUGCCGCUGAGGAUAUGGCACUGCCAGACCACAAGCCAAGCACCAGAACUACCGCCGAGAUAUUGGAGCGAUUCAACGCGGGAACGACGGGCAUAGGCCUUAUCGAUGCCUCGCAGCGCGAGUUGCUGCACACAGGCUACACAUCCAACCGCGCGCGGCAGAAUGUAGCCAGCUUUCUAUCCAGGCACUUGGGAAUCGACUGGCGCUAUGGUGCUGAGUGGUAUGAGAUGUUGCUCGUCGACUACGACGUGUCGUCCAACUGGGCCAACUGGCAGUACAUGGCGGGCGUCGGCAACGACCCUCGCAGCGGCCUUCGCAUUUUCAAUCCGGUCAAGCAGGCCCUCGAGUAUGACAAGGAUGGCCAGUACAUAAAGUCCUGGGUGCCAGAGCUGAGAGGGCUGGGAAAACUGGAGAACGUCUUCCAGGCUUGGACGGCCUCGGCCGAAGACGUUGAAGCUGCCGGGCUGGGCGGUAACAUCAUGGUCACCGACCCUGUCAAACGCAUCGCCUUUACCAUCGAGGACAGACCCCGGACACGCAAGCGCAGUGGCCAUGCCCGCAGGGGA